GUGACGUCACACACGAAAAUGUACAGGAAGACGAGAGUAAUUACCAAAAUUAAACUUACUUUGUAAAAUUGUUUUCACGCUUACGUUAUCGACUUACGUUAUGGCUACUUUAAGACCUUUUACCUGCAAUGAUUUAUUCAAAUUCAAUAACGUUAACUUAGAUCCUCUUACAGAGACAUAUGGAUUAUCAUUUUAUAUGCAAUAUUUAGCUCAUUGGCCUGAAUAUUUCCAAGUGGCUGAGUCUCCAAGUGGCGAAAUUAUGGGCUAUAUUAUGGGGAAAGCAGAAGGAGCUGGUGAAAACUGGCAUGGUCAUGUCACUGCUCUUACUGUUGCUCCUGAUUAUAGAAGACUGGGCUUGGCUGCAACACUUAUGACAUUUUUGGAGGAUGUUUCAGAAAAGAAGCAAGCCUACUUUGUAGAUCUUUUUGUUAGAGUUAGUAACAAAGUAGCCAUAAGAAUGUACCAACAAUUGGGUUACAUAAUUUAUCGGACUGUUUUAGAAUAUUAUAGUGGUGAUCCAGAUGAAGAUGCUUAUGAUAUGAGAAAAGCAUUAUCAAAAGAUGUAAAAAGAAAGUCUAUGAUUCCCUUAGCACAUCCUGUGCGACCAGAAGAAGUAGACUAAGAAUGCUAUAAAUAAUUUUUAUUUAUUUAAUAUAACAUGAAAAUGAGACAUGAUCAUAAAUGACAUUUUACUAUUAUUCUAUUUUGUAUGUAUGAAUCAAUGACUAUGUAUGAACAUUAUGGCUCCAUACCUCGCAUUAUGUAUAAGCCAGAUGCAACAUAUACAUCAUAUAUUUAGACUAUAUAUUUAUACAAUUCGUACAUUAAUAUUGAAAAUAAAAUAUUAAAAUCAUUUUAUACUCUUAAAUAAAGACUAAUUUCAUUCAUCAACCUUGAAUAUGAAAAUAAAAUUUGUAUGAAACAAAAUUAAAUUACAUGUAAGCGUCAAUAGACAUAUUUGUACAUAGUUAUACUAUGAAUUUUAUAUAACAUAUACUAGAAUUUGAACAGCGUGCACCAACCUUCAUUUUUUAUUGUCCAUAGAUGAACC